UCCUUAGCAUAGUUUCCAUAGUUGAAAUAUGACAAAACACAUGUAGCCAUCUAAUAAGACCACCCACACAUUUCUCCAAACUCACUCCUUUCCUCACCUUAAUUCACUCACUCACACACUCCCACUCGGUUCCUCCCCCAUUAUUUUUCUUUUCCAUCCAAACAUGUCCACCACUCACCCAAACCUAGCAUCAUCCACUCUCUUCUUUCUCUCAAUAAUUCUCCUUUCUUUCCCAACAACAACAAAAACCGAUAACCCAUGUGCAUAUCCAUGUUACCCACCACCCAUCGGCACCGGCACCACCACUCCCACAACUCCUGCCACGGUGACUCCGGCACCCCCUCAACCGGGGUUAACAUAUCCACCACCUUCCGGGUCAUACCCUUAUUACCCAACACCACCUUACGGCGGCGGUGGCGGCGGAGGUGGCGGCGGUAGUGAUGGUGGUUUUGCUACCCCUCCACCACCGGACCCUAUUCUACCCUACUUUCCAUUCUACUACAGAAAGCCUCCUCACAUGACACAAGACAAUUCAGCAUCAACCACUUUGAAGAAAUGGACAUGGAUGGUUGCCACUACUAGUAUAUUUUCGUCUUUGCUUCUUCUCUCUCUAUAAUUCUCUUCAAUCAUCACCAAAAUCUUCAUGUACUCUAAACUUUUCUUUCCUAUGAGAAUUAGUGCUUGUUAAUUUAAUCGUAAUUUAUGAUUUAUUCACUUUUGUUUUGUGUUUUUA